GCCGCAAAGGCAAACUACUUGGCGUUAAAAAUGUUGUAAUUGGCUCGCCUACAAAUGAUAGCUCUUAAAUUGGCAUUAUAAGUUGCCUGAUGUUCAAAGAUGACAUAAUGAAUCGCUUAUACCAUUUAGGUGGCAUAUUGUUACGUCCAUGCAAACAUUUUAGAACAAGAUCUUUUCCAGUCUCCUCACCUUUACGACAACCAAAUAAGAUGGCGCAGAGUACAAAUGGAGAAUACGAGAGUCCAAGACUUAAUGGGUGGGAUAAAGUUCCAAGGCCUUUCUUAAUCGGCGUUGCUGGGGGGACAGCUUCGGGAAAGAGUUCGGUCUGUGCAAAAAUAAUGGAGAAGCUGGGUCAGUCAGAGGUGGAAAGUCGACAGAGACAGGUGAUCAUCAUAGGCCAGGAUUCAUUCUACCGGAAUCUCACACCUGAGGAACAUCACCGAGCUGUCCGAGGAAAUUUUAACUUUGAUCAUCCAGAUGCCUUUGAUUUGGACUUGAUGAUUCGCACUAUGAAGGAUGUGGCUUCUGGAAAGACAGUCGAAAUUCCAUCAUAUGAUUACGUCAAGCAUGUGAGAGAGAACACUGGGCAGCUGGCAUACCCAGCAGAUGUCGUACUGUUAGAAGGAAUCCUCGUCUUUUAUUUUCCUGAGCUGCGUCAGAUGUUUCAUAUGAAACUGUUUGUGGACACAGACCCUGACACACGCUUGUCACGAAGAGUCCUACGUGAUAUACAAGAACGAGGAAGGGAUUUGGAGAAGAUCCUACAUCAGUAUACGAGUCUUGUGAAACCAGCUUUUGAAGAGUUCUGCUUGCCGACAAAAAAGUAUGCAGAUGUUAUAAUCCCAAGAGGGGCUGAUAACACAGUGGCCAUUGAUCUCAUUGUACAGCAUAUUCAAGAACUGAUGCGCCCAAACCGCAACCUGAAGCGCCAGCGCUAUAACUCCGAUUCAAUUGUGGGGCGACCGCACUAAUAUGCAACUAUUGGUUUUCAGAUUUGAUGGACUGAUAGAAUAUUUAAAUGAAAUGUUGGAACUUCUGUGCAAGAGAUACUGCUGAAACAAGUCUUACUGAGUACGCUGUUUCUUUGUCAAAUGAAGUACUUGACUGUAGAAAAGAAAUAUUAAAAACUUCCAAGUUUACAUUCAGUUUCAGAACUUGGAAAUGCAAAGGACCUGUCAAUCAAUGGUGGCUUCUUGCUGAAAACCUGUUUACUGCGAAUUAUUUGGGGCUGUGGCUUAUUUCUUUCACUUUUCUUUUUUUCAUUCUUUCUUUGAGUUACAUAAAUACAGUUAUUGUUCCAUGUAAAAGGCUUUAAGCCUCCACACAGUCUGGAUUCUUAGCAAGUAAUCAGUGUACAUUUUGUUGAUAGAUGCUGGUAAUAUGUGUGUGUAUAUAUAAUCCAGGAUCUUUUUGUUGUAUGUUCUGCCUUUUACUGAGCUGUCCAUUCAGCUAUUUCAUCAUUUUUUAAAGAUGUAAGAUGUAUACAAGUGAUUCGUGUAUGUGUGUGUGUGAAUUAAGAAGAAAGAUUUUCCCUUUUAGGAAUAGAAGUGGUGGUUUACAUAGAAGUACAAGUGUGUGUGUGCAUGCAAUGGAAGAAAGUGUGCAGGAGGGGAAGGCGCUUACAUGAAUGUGUUUCAUUAAAAUGGUACUAGUGCUUUGAAAAGGAAAUAUGCAUUCAUCACUUUUCAUUAAACAAUUCUUAGCUGUUCUCUUUAAUGCAUUUAUUUUCUUUCAGUGACUUCUAUUCAAACUAAAAUCUGAACAGAACAUUUCCUUAUUUAUUGUGAACUUUCAUUGUAACUAUAAUCGUUGUGUUUCUUGAUUUUGCUUCCAGCUGUAAGUGUGUUUGAUGUGUGAAUACAUUAAGACUCUUGUUACUAUUGAUUCCCUUGUGAUCUGAUGUAAGAAUUGUCAAGGCAUCAAAGCAAAAUAAUGGAUGAGCACAAUAAAGAGAGUAUGUGUGCAUGUCAGAAAAAGUGGGUAGAAAGGGGGUGCAGAUGUAUGUAACAAUGUGCAGCUGUAUAAAUUCCUUGGGUUGUGACCAAACCUGCAGUGCUGCUAGAUUUGUGAAAAUAUGUGUGUUCUUGACAUUGGUAUAGAUGAUGACAGCAUAAAACCUGCCCCAUUUAAUGUAACUGCAGAGUGCAAACUGAUUAAUAGGUGCACUAUAUCAGAAUAAUAACUGGUGAGUUGUUUUGAAUGUGGAAAAAGAAUGUGCCAUAAAUAAUGUGUAUAGAUAAUGAUGACUAAAUCUUAUUUAUGUUAAUUGCUCUGAGUUAUGCAUAAACAUUUAUUUAGUACACUGGGGUCACAACAGUCAAUGCAGGGUUUACUUUAUUCUGUUUACCUUGGCCUAGAAUUGUAUUCCUUUUGUAGAAAGCUUUUCCAAGUGAGGGAUUUUAAAGCAUAUAUCCCCUCCCCAACUGUACUCCACCUUCCUGUGAAGAGUUUUUCUGGUUUAUAAGUUCUGACUUCUUGUAGUCUGUCUUAAGUGUCAUGAACUGAUGCAUUGUUCAGAUGGAUGCUUAAAAUUUAGUGUCAGUUAUAUUGUUUACAAAAUGCAGGAAAUAUUCUCAAAAGAGACAUGAAAACAGUGUUUUGUAUGUUAUGAGUGUUCUAUACGUUAUUUUUUUAAGUACACUGAAAUAUUGUGACUGUAGAGCAGGGUUCUUUAUCUGUCUCGUUCGUGCUUGUCAUUUGCAUGUUGUGAGGGCAAGACCAACAUUAGCACCAGAACUGUUCAAUCAACGUGAGAGGGAGCACUGCACUGCUCAAGUUCAAAUAAGAGGAAAUUGAAUUGUCUUUGGUCAGUGAUGUCUUAGUGCCCCCAGUUCCAGUAAACUGGAUGAAAAUGUUACAUAGUAUUUCAAUAAGUUGUUAGUUUUCUUUUUGGUUUCUGAUAGAGGUUGUGUGUGUGGAGGCUUAUACACUUGUGUUCAUUUUGUUGUUGAAAUGUGUAAGAAGUUGCCUGUAUAACAGACCAAGAGUUGAGAAACAAGCAGACAUGUUUGAUGGAGUGUAGCCUUAUUGACUGAAUGUGCAGCUCUUUCACCUCCAGCCAUUGAUGUAAAACAGUUAUUUUUAGGGACACUUCAGCCUGUACUUACUAACGUCCUUAUACGGCAUCCUGUCAGAAAUAUUUUUAAAUAGAUUGUGCGCAAAAUUAUUGAUAUGUUUGCACUCGGACCAUUGUCUCCGUGCUGUGAAUCUUGGUAGGUGCUAGUGAUAAUGCAGAGCAUAGCCUCUCAGGUACAAAGAAGAUAGAGAACGCGCGUCUCCCGAAUCGGGAAAUUACUUUUUCCUGAAUUGAAAAAGAAACCAAAACGAGAUUGAAAGGGAACGAUGCUUAGUGUGUGAAGAUCGCAUUCUCGGCCGACCCUGGGGCCUAACAUGAACAAUUGUUUGCGGUCAGGACCAGCGCUCACUCGAAACAACCGCAAACUUGAGUUGCUUGCUAGACAACCUCCUUGAGCUGCUUUUCGUUGAAACUUUCGAAAUACACUUCGAUCACAACUUUAUUGUAGGCUGUUUCAUGUACCAAAGUGCAUUACAUCAGAUGGUGUAAUGUGCAGCGGAGUGAUAGGUCCGGUGUUAGUAAUACGAGGCUGUGGUUAGAGUGUCUCAAUGUACUAGACCUUCGAUUCAAGUGUCAUUAAUGUGAAAACUACUUUGUGAUUCAUCUUUCUGCGCGGUUUACUUGCUCCAGAUUUGUUUUGUUCCUUGGUUCUCUCUCUUAUAAUCGCAUAAUCGGUGAGAGGGGAAAUGCUUGUUGCUAUUCCUUUUCCCCAUUAUAAGUUUAGGGUGUGAACUUCAACUAGUUUCUCACUUUGCUGUUGCCAUUGUUUUUUACAUGCCGUGUUUGAAAUAAAAAUCGUUUGAAUUAUUA